GAAUUUGGCGACUCAAAUCUUCAUGGCGAUAUUAUGGGCCCACCUUACGACGGUGAUGCUGAGUUUCGUACUGUUGUUCAAGGAUACCGCGCCAUUGAUUAUCGUGCCACGUCUUAUCAUCAGCAUUUGGGAUACGCAUGCUAAUGAAGACUGCGCACAAAUCAGUACGAUGUUCGAGAAUUGUGUCUGUUGGACUCCGCCAACGGAAUUGGAGCAGCCCGAGGUUGACUCUUGUGUAUGAUGUUCCAAAUUGAGGAAGGAGUUAGAGGUUAGGGGUUAGAUGUUAGAGGGUUUGUUGGUUAGUAGUUAGUUGUUAGCAGUUAGUUAGAGUUAGUUAGUGGUCAGCUAUGAUUAUAUCCUGUUUUGGAAAGUGAAA